UUUUGCCUGAGAGAACUUUCUCUUUGUUCCUUUCAGUCUCUCAGAACUGAACAUUGGCAACUCCAGACAGUCCUCCAGAAAACGUGACUGUUUUUGCUACAUCUCCUCACAGUAUUAAUAUCAGCUGGAGUGAACCUGUCAUCAUUACUGGACCAACAUGCUACCUCAUAGACAUUACCUCCUGCCUGAAGACCCACCUAACAACAUAACGUUUCAGAAGAUACCGGAUGAAGUAACAAAGUUCCAAGUAACAUUUUUGCCGCCAUCUGAACCAAAUGGAAAUAUUCAGGUGUAUCAAGCUAUGGUUUACAAUGAAGAUGACCCUGCUGCCAUCCGGAUCCAUAACCUUAGUGUCAUUGAUAAAACAGAUCAGUCAGUCACUGCCAUGAUAGAAGGACUAAAAGGAGGACAUACCUAUAAUGUCAGCGUGUAUGCAAUUAAUGGUGCUGGUGCAGGGCCAAAAAUUCAAUUGAAAAUAACCAUGGAUAUCAAAGAACCACCACGGCCUAAAAAGAAACCAGCACCAGUUUAUGAUACCAAUGGGGCGUUACUCGUCACAGCUACAACAAUUACGAUCAGAAUGCCGAUAUGUUAUUACAGUGAUGAUCAUGGCCCUAUCAAGAAGAUACAAGUUCUUGUUGUGGAAGCUGGAGCUCAGCAUGAUGGGAACGUUACUAAGUGGUAUGAUGCAUACUUCAACAGACCGAGGCCAUAUUUUACAAAUGAAGGCUUUCCUAACCCACCAUGUACAGAAGAAAAAGAAGAUCUGAGUGGCAGAGAAGAGAUAUAUGUCAUAGGUGCUGAUACUACAUGUAUGAUACCAGGCAGUCAAGACAAAAUAUGUAAUGGCCCACUAAAACCAAGAAAGCAGUACCUAUUUAAGUUCAGAGCAACUAAUGUUAAAGGACAGUUUACAGAUUCUGACUAUUCUGACCCUGUCAAAACAUUAG